AGCUGCCCUGAUUUAAACACUUCAUUGCAAGGAGAGAGAAAGAGCGGGGAAUCUGCAUGCAUCUCCCCUACCAGUGUGCUCAGAGUACACUGGCAAAGCAGCUGCCAGCUCUACAAACAGCAGACAAGCAGCUACGGACGGUAGUUUUAGACAUUUGCUGCUAGGUAGAGGCAUUUGGGCAUUUUACUUCUGCCUCAGACUCUGAGGACUUAAGGGCACUUGCUGCCCUGAGAGGGGGGUGUUUAGGCAAACUGACCUCUGGGGUUAAGGAGAAUCAGUUUGUGUGAAGCUCUGUGGAGGAGGGGAGGAGGGAACAGGCAACAGUUAGUGGGAGGUGGGAGGCCACAGUGGGGCUCCUGCACUGCUUAAGAAGAAGAAGAAGCAGUCGCCGGGAAGCGGGGAAAGAGGAGGAUAUGGCCACGGGAGAAAUCACAACACUUCCCUCCACACCUGAAGGCAGCGGCAGCGGCGGCUUUCCUCCUGGGAGCUUCAAGGAACCCAAAAGGCUGUACUGUAAAAACGGGGGCUUCUUCUUGAGGAUAAAGUCUGAUGGCAGUGUGGAUGGGAUCCGGGAAAAGAACGACCCCCACAUAAAGCUUCAACUCCAGGCGACCUCAGUGGGGGAGGUGGUCAUCAAGGGAGUCUGUGCUAAUCGCUACUUGGCAAUGAACAGAGAUGGACGACUGUUUGGAGCGAGACGAGCAACAGACGAAUGCUACUUCCUGGAGCGACUCGAGAGCAACAACUACAACACCUAUCGUUCUCGGAAGUAUCCGAACAUGUACGUGGCACUGAAGCGGACUGGCCAGUACAAGUCUGGGAGCAAAACUGGACCGGGUCAAAAGGCCAUUCUUUUUCUUCCUAUGUCUGCCAAAUGCUAAUCUGGGAUCUGAUCGAGAAAUAUUAGUGGCAGUAACAAAGAAGAAGAUGUGACGGCAAUGAAGACAAAGUGUUCCAUCAACAUUGCCCAAAAUAGCUGUGACGCUUUCUGACUGUUAUAUCCUGAACAUGUCUGCUCUUUUUCAGCUUUUACUUUCAAACAGUGGCACACAUUCACAGCUGGCUGCUUCCCAGUAAAACCAGGCUUUUACUGCGGAGCGGCCAGCUGCUACACUAGUGCCACUGGAGCCAGGUGCCUUCAUCAAGUGCACCCCUUAAUGAUGGCAGAGUUCAUUAUACCCAUAAAGAAGUUCACUUUCUAGAUGAUGGAUUUAGAGCAGCGACCUUUUGAUUACAAGCCUGCUUCCGACUGUGUAAGCUGCAGUCUCAGUUUAGCUGCAAGAUGAUGGGAAUAUAGAUGAAUAUUCAGUUUAAACAUAGAGUAUAAGAUUAUAGAGGGAGAACCUCUAAAAAAAAUGGUUAAGAAAAUUCAUUUAAAUCCUACAUUAUAAUGUUAUAAGAGAGGAUUGAACUUUGUAGCUGAAUUUUAGAAUUUUUUCAUACAAAAUUGUGAGAAAAAAAAGCCUAAACACACUAAUAUCAAGCACUACUUGUAGUUUUUUUUCCACAGUAUCUAAACACACUUAAUGAAUAGAGAACAUGUUUCCUGAGCUUGUCUUUGUUUUCCGAUAAAACUACGUUCCCCUUUUGUAUUUUGUGCAAAAAGUCCAAGUUGCAUGGCACUGGAGCGUACCUUGUACAUUUAUUAAUACGAGAUAAUUGUUGUGAAUGAUGUCAGAAAGGCAGUUAACUUGAACAAAAAGAUGAUUUUUGACCAGCCAGUCGGCUAAUUCAGCGAGGCAGCCAAUAUUAAUAUUGCAUCCAUCCACUAACAAUGGCUUCUGCCAGUCCAGUGUGGUCAGCAUAAUGUGACCUGUUCCCAGUUUAAAAAACACAGCAGAAUUUAAAACAGUACCUUUAAAAAAAAAAAAAAAAUCAGCUGCUGGCAGCCAUUAUUGCCCAACAGAUAUGGGCUU